AUGCACUCGCGCGUCCAUGCCGGCGAGUAUGUGCUACUACGCCUGCCUUCAGAUACACUGAAGCUGGUGCAAAUAGUCCCGAACAGUGUUGUUUCUAUUGGCAAAUUCGGCUCCUUCCCGUGCAACCUUCUCAUUGGACGACCUUACUACCUCACAUACGAGAUCACCGACAAACAGUCCGAAACCGACACCUCCCGCCUACGAAUUGUACCAGCCUCGGAGCUGAACGCUGAGAUCCUCGCCGAAGAUGCCCUUCCCUCAGAAAACCCCACCGAGAAAGCCGAUGAAUCCUUCGAUAUUGUCGCGGAUGACGGCUCUGUCUUGCUGAAAAACAACCGUCUGACAGUCGACGAUGCCUCUCGCCAAGCUCUCAGCAUGGACGAGAUUGAGGAAUUGAAGAAAGCAGGAACUGGUUCUGGAAGAGACAUUAUCGAGAAGAUUCUCAAGUCGCAUACCCACCUGAGCGAAAAGACGUCCUUCGCCCUGGCCAAGUACACUCUGAGGAAACACAAGAAGUACUUGCGCAGAUUUACUGUCUUACCCAUGAACGUUUCCAUGUUGACCGAGUACAUGAUUGCUGAGAAGGAGUCAUCAAGAGUCAUGGAGCUUAGAGAAGAGUCGCUGGGUCUUGUUGGCAGCUGGGCCAAUGUACACUACCAUCCGGACGCUGAACCGAGUCUCACCGAAGAGGGCACACAACUUGGUGGUGGAAGAUGGCUGGUCGUUGACGAUACUGGUGGUCUGGUCGUGGCUUCCAUGGCCGAGAAGAUGGGUCUCUUGUACCACCCGGACAACGAAGAUGAAGAGUCUGACGACGACGACGACGACGACGAGACUGCUCCCAAAGCUAGUGCGCAACAGACAGCACCGGCUGAAGAAGACGCAGACGUGGAAAUGCAGGACUCUUCCAAGGGCGAGCCAACCGACGACGAACCAAAAGAAGGAGAAGAAGUACGGGGGAACGGUAGAAAGCGUCCCAUGAACAAGCACAACACCAACCUGUCCUCUACGAACACCAUCACAGUCCUCCACGCCAAUGCCCAACCAAAUCCAGAAACUAUCCCCCAAGCCGAACUCGACGUGAUGAAAUCCGGCAAACGCGGCGCCUACUACCGCAAACGCCGCCGCUGGGCCCGCUGCAAAGCCAUCGUCGACGAGACCCGCGCCGGUGGCUUCGACGGCCUGAUCAUCGCUUCUCACAUGUCUCCCGCCACGAUCCUAAAGUCAACAGUGCAUUUGCUGCGCGGCUCUGCACACAUUGCCAUCUACUCACCUACCGUGGAGCCCCUGACCGAGAUCAUGGACCUAGGACUUCCCAUUGGAUCCGCGAUUGGUGUUGGCGCCUACAUUGCAGACGACGAGGAUCAGACCUUGGCAGGUGUUGCCUGGGCGGGUGGUGCUGAAGGCUAUCUGUUCACCGCGAGGAGAGUGUUGCCCGUGGAUGGUAAAGUGGAGGCCAGAGGCAAGUACAACAAGAAGAGGAAGAUUGGAUAG